GAUUCAUUCAAAAAGAGCCGUUCGCUCGUGAACGACCCAUCACUAUCCCCUACAUUUAAACAAGUGGACUGAAUUUGGACUGAAAUAACUGUUACUUAUAUCACUUAUAGCGGGUGUACGCAAGCUGCUCUUCAAUGAAUUGCCUUUAAUCAGGGAUGGACUGGAUUUAAUCCGAUCGCGCAAUAGGUUACGAGAACGAUCCAGACACAAGAGGACGUCUCAUCCUCAUCCCAGACUGGAAACACCAAGGAUACACAGAGGAAGCUUUGAAGAGGGAGCUCUCAAUGAAGGAGGCUUUUUUCAAAGUUACUUAAAUCCUAAUCUGGAUUACCUCUGUCUUUGUGCUGUCCUCAUAAAGAAACCAUCAGAGCCAGUCAGAAUGGUGACGCAAGAUCUAGAACUUCCUUCUCACACCCACAGAGAAUGGUCUAUUACAUUGAAUUAAACCACAGCACAAAGGGCCAUAACCACCAUUUUACAGGAUAGAGCUACAACAAUCUAGAACACAGGUAGAACAAAGAAUUGUUCUAAUCUAUUCUGACAAGAUCUACAACCACCCGCUCACAAACACAAGUCAGAGCGACGGAGGGCCCGGUGAAGAGUACAUCAUACUGCGACCAACUUCUCUUGACUACUUCCACUAGUUUGAUUCUGGUAGCCAGGUGUGGUUCUUAUUCCCGGGGUUGUCAUGGAAGCAGGCUCCACCCCCAGGAUCAAGGUGUAUAGUGCCUGGGACCAGGUGGAGGAGACAGACCAGGUGGAGGAGGAGGAGGAGGAGAAGGUGGGUUCGGCUUCAGAAGACCAUAUGAUGAACCUCAAGGCCCUGGCGCAGAAGCUGAGGCUGGAAACACGGAGGCUGUCCUACCUCGAGUGGAAGGCCCGUUUAGAGGCCCAUAGCACCAAAACCCUGAUUGUACCACAGCAGAGCACCAGGGACUUAGUGGAGCCAGAAGAACAACGGGUAGUGCCCCAGAGUGAGGGCAGGUCAGACAGUGAGAGCACCAAAUGUCUGGCUGAACCACAGCUACAGCAGGAGCUCCACGCAGAGCAACAAGAGGAGCAGGAGAAGGCCAAACGACAACCGGGGGAACCCAGAGAGAGCCUCCUGGCCUCGGGUUUGACCUGGCAGCACAGCCUGCCCUCUGGAGUGCCGAGGAGAUUUAAGAACAUCGAUGAGGCUGUGGGGUGGCUCAGGAAAGAACUGAAUGAAAUGCCUCUCCAGGACCAGCAGUUGGCCCAUCAGCUGAUGCGCCUCCAUAGCGACAUCAACAAACUGAAGAUCGAGCAGACGUGUCACCAGCACCGCCGCAUGCUCAACGAUGCCACCUACGGGCUGGAGGAGAGAGAUGAGUUGAGCGACCUGCUCUUUGACUCCCCCGUCACCCCCGGGUUCGGACUCUCCACCCCGCUGAGACUCAUAGGGGUCACCAAGAUGAACAUAAACUCUCGACGCUUUUCCCUCUGCUAGAAGGAGAGAGAGAGAGAGAGAGAGAGAGAGAGAGAGAGAGAGAGAGAGAGAGAGAGAGAUGCUAGCCACAUCUCUGCUAGUAGUGCCAGAUUAGGAUGGCAAUAUUCCGGAAGCUUUCUUAACAUUUUAUUUUCUUCUGAUACUGGAAAUCUACAAACCAGGAUUGUUUUCUAUGUCAGUGGGAGGAGCAUGUAGUUUGUUUACUAUGUCAGUGGGAGGAGCAUAUAGUUUGUUUUCUAUGUCAGUGGGAGGAGCAUAUAGUUUGUUUUCUAUGUCAGUGGGAGGAGCAUAUAGUUUGUUUUCUAUGUCAGUGGGAGGAGCAUGUAGUUUGUUUUCUAUGUCAGUGGGAGGAGCAUAUCGUUUGUUUACUAUGUCAGUGGGAGGAGUAUGUAGUUUGUUUUCUAUGUCAGUGGGAGGAGCAUGUAGAUUGUGUUCUAUGUCAGUGGGAGGAGCAUAUAGUUUGUUUACUAUGUCAGUGGGAGGAGCAUAUAGUUUGUUUACUAUGUCAGUGGGAGGAGCAUAUCGUUUGUUUACUAUGUCAGUGGGAGGAGCAUAUAGUUUGUUUACUAUGUCAGCGGGAGGAGCAUAUAGUUUGUUUACUAUGUCAGUGGGAGGAGUAUAUAGUUUGUUUACUAUGUCAGUGGGAGGAGCAUGUAGAUGGUUUCCAGAAAUCAUAUCAGAUGAUGUAAAUCCCCCCAACAAUGAAGCAGCUACAAAUCCUCCUCUUAACAUCAGGCUUAACAAGGCUUUUCCUGAAACUGAACCUGACUAUUAGCUAUGAUGGCACUUUUAAAGCGUUCUGAUCUGGUCCUAGGCUGGUGUUCCACAUUCUGAUCCGGUCCUAGGCCGGGAUUCCACAUUCUGAUCCGGUCCUAGGCCGGGAUUCCACAUUCUGAUCCGGUCCUAGGCCGGGAUUCCACAUUCUGAUCCGGUUUUAGGCUGGGGUUCCACAUUCUGAUCUGGUCCUGGGCCGGGGUUCCACAUUCUGAUCCGGUUUUAGGCUGGGCUUCUACAUUUCGAUCCGGUUUUAGACUGGGGUUCCACAUUCUGAUCCGGUUUUAGACUGGGGUUCCACAUUCUGAUCCGGUUUAAGGCUGGGUUUCCACAUUCUGAUCCGGUUUUAGGCUGGGGUUCCACAUUCUGAUCCGGUCCUCGGCCGGGGUUCCACAUUCUGAUCCGGUCCUGGGCCGGGGUUCCACAUUCUGAUCCGGUUUUAGGCUGGGCUUCCACAUUCUGAUCCGGUUUUAGGCUGGGCUUCCACAUUCUGAUUCGGUUUUAGACUGGGGUUCCACAUUCUGAUCCGGUUUUAGACUGGGGUUCCACAUUCUGAUCCGGUUUAAGGCUGGGUUUCCACAUUCUGAUCCGGUUUUAGACUGGGGUUCCACAUUCUGAUCUGG